GCGGUGCAGCGUAUCUGCGGACAUGAUGGAAUGUUUAUUCAGUAUUCAGAUUUCCUGUUUAAGUGUCUGGAUUUCCUGAAAUCCUUGCUAUCAGCCCGAGAGGUUAUCCACUGAGCAGCGUGGUUGGGUAGUGGGUUUCCACCCACCUCCUCCUUUCUCCCUCUCUUUUCCUUUCUUUUUCCCUCCCCUUGCUCACAUGGUCGAUUUUUUCUUCCUGCUAGUUCCUCUGAGUUUUAGUGCCUCCUCGCCGUGAGGGGCGUUAAUGGGUGUAAAGUCCCACUCGCAGGAUCCCAAGCUCUCCCAAUAACCGUGCAUUGGAACCGAGUUUAAUAUCCGACCUAAGAAUCCACCACAUACACACACGCACUGAGAAGUCCAGCAGAAACAUGGUGUGCUCCGACUGCUGGGGGGAGGCUGAGUUUUAACCCAAGAUGGAAUAAUGAUGGAUUUAGCUUGGAUGCCUAAACUUGGACUGGGAAUACAGAUGCACAAGUCCUGGUAACUUUCUGAUGGUGACGGCUGAGACAUGAGAUCUUCAGCCUCGAGGCUUUCAAGUUUUUCUUCCAGAGAUUCAUUAUGGAAUCGGAUGCCGGACCAGAUCUCCGUGUCCGAGUUCAUCGCCGAGACCACCGAGGACUACAACUCGCCCACCACAUCCAGCUUCACCACCCGGCUGCACAACUGCAGGAACACGGUCACACUGCUGGAAGAGGCUCUAGACCAAGAUAGAACUGCCCUCCAGAAAGUGAAAAAGUCUGUAAAAGCAAUAUACAAUUCUGGUCAAGAUCAUGUACAGAAUGAAGAAAACUAUGCACAGAUUCUAGAUAAAUUUGGAAGUAAUUUUUUAAGUCGGGAUAAUCCAGAUCUUGGCACUGCUUUUGUAAAGUUUUCCACGCUUACUAAAGAACUAUCCACCCUGCUGAAAAAUCUGCUCCAAGGUCUAAGCCACAAUGUGAUCUUCACCUUGGAUUCCUUGUUAAAAGGAGACUUGAAAGGAGUCAAAGGAGACCUCAAAAAGCCAUUUGACAAAGCUUGGAAAGAUUACGAGACCAAAUUUACAAAAAUUGAAAAAGAAAAAAGAGAACAUGCAAAACAGCAUGGGAUGAUCCGCACAGAGAUAACAGGAGCAGAGAUAGCAGAAGAAAUGGAAAAAGAAAGGCGGCUGUUUCAGCUCCAGAUGUGUGAAUAUCUCAUUAAAGUUAAUGAAAUCAAGACAAAAAAGGGUGUUGACCUACUCCAGAAUCUUAUAAAGUAUUAUCAUGCACAAUGCAACUUUUUUCAGGAUGGCUUGAAAACAGCAGACAAAUUGAAACAGUACAUUGAAAAGCUGGCUGCUGAUUUAUAUAAUAUAAAGCAGACUCAGGAUGAAGAAAAGAAACAGCUUACCGCACUCCGAGACUUGAUAAAAUCCUCUCUCCAGCUUGAUCAGAAAGAAGAUUCCCAGAGCAGGCAAGGAGGGUACAGUAUGCAUCAGCUUCAGGGCAAUAAGGAGUACGGCAGUGAGAAGAAGGGUUAUUUGCUAAAGAAGAGCGAUGGGCUUCGCAAAGUAUGGCAAAGAAGAAAGUGCACUGUAAAAAAUGGAAUUCUGACCAUAUCCCAUGCAACAUCCAACAGGCAACCAGCAAAACUGAACCUACUCACUUGCCAGGUGAAACCCAAUGCUGAAGAUAAAAAGUCUUUUGACCUGAUAUCACAUAAUAGAACUUAUCACUUUCAAGCAGAAGAUGAGCAAGACUAUGUUGCAUGGAUCUCAGUAUUGACAAACAGCAAAGAGGAAGCACUGACCAUGGCUUUCCGAGGAGAACAGAGUACUGGAGAAAACAGCUUAGAGGACCUGACAAAAGCCAUUAUUGAUGACAUCCAGAGAUUACCUGGGAAUGACGUCUGCUGUGAUUGUGGCUCAUCAGAACCCACAUGGCUUUCAACCAACCUGGGUAUUUUGACCUGUAUUGAAUGUUCUGGAAUCCACAGGGAAAUGGGGGUUCAUAUUUCUCGUAUUCAGUCUUUGGAAUUAGACAAAUUAGGAACUUCUGAACUCUUGCUGGCCAAGAAUGUAGGAAACAAUAGUUUUAAUGAUAUUAUGGAAGGGAAUUUACCCAGUCCCUCACCAAAGCCCACUCCUUCAAGUGAUAUGACUGCACGUAAAGAAUAUAUCACUGCAAAAUAUGUAGAUCAUAAGUUUUCAAGGAAGACCUGUUUAUCUUCAUCUGCUAAGUUGAAUGAACUACUUGAGGCCAUCAAAUCUAGGGAUUUACUUGCACUAAUUCAAGUCUAUGCAGAGGGGGUAGAGCUAAUGGAGCCACUACUGGAGCCUGGACAGGAGCCAGGUGAAACAGCCCUUCAUGUUGCGGUCCGAACUGCUGACCAGACGUCUCUCCACUUGGUUGACUUUCUUGUACAAAACUGUGGAAACCUAGAUAAACAGACUGCACUGGGAAAUACAGUUCUACACUAUUGCAGUAUGUAUAACAAACCUGAAUGUUUGAAACUUCUCCUGAGGAGCAAGCCAACAGUGGAUAUAGUCAACCAAGGUGGAGAAACAGCCCUGGAUACAGCAAAGAGACUAAAAGCCACCCAAUGUGAAGACUUGCUUUCUCAGGCUAAGGCUGGGAAGUUAAAUCCACAUGUCCAUGUUGAGUAUGAGUGGAAUCUUCGACAGGAAGAGAUUGAUGAAAGUGAUGAUGAUCUGGAUGACAAGCCUAGCCCAAUCAAGAAAGAACGUUCUCCGAGACCUCAGAGCUUCUGUCACUCCUCCAGUAUUUCCCCCCAGGACAAGCUAGCACUGCCAGGAUUCAGCACUCCAAGAGACAAACAGAGACUGUCCUACGGAGCCUUUACCAACCAGAUCUUUGCAUCUGCGAGCAUGGAUUCUCCCACCUCUCCGACAGCCGAUGCUCCCCCGCUGCCUCCAAGAAAUGCUGGGAAAGGUCCAAGUGGCCCACCCUCCACACUUCCUCUAGGCACUCAACCCCCCAGUGGCAGCUCUACCCUUUCUAAGAAGAGACCCCCUCCCCCCCCACCAGGACACAAAAGAACCCUCUCUGAUCCUCCAAGUCCAUUACCUCAUGGUCCCCAGAAUAAAGGUGCAAUUCCUUGGGGUAACGACAUGGGUCCAUCAUCUUCCAGUAAAACUGCUAACAAGUUUGAAGGAAUGUCUCAGCAAUCAAGUACUGGCUCUGCAAAGACUGCCCUUGGCCCAAGAGUUCUUCCGAAACUACCUCAGAAAGUGGCGCUAAGGAAAAUCGAAACCAUCCAUCAUCUUUCCAUAGACAAAUCUAAUGUCCCUCCAGAAAUCUUUCAGAAAUCACCCCAGCCACUGGAGCUCCCACAGAAGCCACAGCCUGGAGACCUGCCUCCCAAACCUCAACCUACAGAAUUGGGCCCUAAACCUCAGAUUGGAGAUCUGCCCCCUAAGCCAGGAGAACUGCCCCCAAAACCUCAACUUGGAGAUUUGCCACCCAAGCCACAACUCUCAGACUUACCUCCAAAACCACAAAUAAAAGACCUGCCCCCAAAGCCACAACUAGGAGACUUGCUAGCCAAAUCCCAAGCUGGAGAAAGCUCACCGAAGACCCAACCGUCGGAGGUGAAUCAGAAACUCCACACUACGGAUCUCUCUCCUAAUGUCCAAUCUCGAGACUCUCUCCAAAAGCAAGCCUCAGAAGAUUCCAAUGACCUAACGCCCACGCUGCCAGAGACACCAGUGCCUCUUCCCAGAAAAAUUAACACAGGAAAGAACAAAGUGAGGAGAGUGAAGACCAUUUAUGACUGUCAGGCUGAUAAUGAUGAUGAGCUCACGUUCAUAGAAGGAGAAGUGAUUAUUGUCACUGGUGAAGAAGACCAAGAGUGGUGGAUUGGUCACAUCGAAGGACAUCCAGAGAGGAAGGGGGUCUUCCCUGUGUCCUUCGUACAUAUCUUGUCCGACUAGCAAGACGCGAGCCUCUGAGCGUUGCACAUCCUCCAUGCAAGACGGGCUUUUUAGCGAAAGCAGACGGCUGCCACUUCCUUGUAAUCCUGUGCACAAUGUGUAUAUAGCUGCUGUUACAGAAUCCGAAAUUCAUUUAAGGUCCACCUCAUGAGGUGAAUUAUAUUAUGUAUUGUAAAUAUACCGCGUUAUUCUGCCUUUGCCAGUAUUAAGGUAGCCUUGGAAUCUGGCACGCCUUAUUGGGUUUGCUGAAGCCAUCCUUGGCAUCUAGCACUUACAUCUCUGUCUAUGCUGUUUAAAACAAAAACAAAAAGUGUAUGGACUUAGAGCUUUCCAAAUAGAGAUGGUCUUGAUCAACCGUUGAAGUGCAUAGAAUGGACUCUUUGUUCCUAACAAUUCAGUAUUCUCAAUUAUGUGACUAAAAAAAAAAAAUUAGUGGAGAGUUAGAUUCUGUUUUCCAAUCAAAACCAUUUACAUCCAUUACAGACGAGCCUGCAGUUAUCAGUGUAUACAGUUUACAGCUAUGAAACCCACUUUGGUAUUUAUUACAGAAAGUGCUCAGUUACAUGUAAGUAUUAUUCUUUCCGAGAAAUGUUCACCGACCUUCCAGCUCUCCAUGGCAUAUUAAGAUGCUCAUAGCCUAGUUCGUGUUUAAGAAUGGUGAAUUUAUACCAUUCCAUGGUUAGUGCCCCUGUGAUAUUACCUCAUGAUGCAAAAGGAACAUAUAUCCCAUGAUGAUUUUAGCAAACGUUUAAAAUCUCUUAAGUACAUUUUCCUAAAGAUCUCUUUCAUUCAAUGUUCAAUAACCAAGGACUGCUAGAAAAUAUUAGUAUGUUUACAUUAUGCAUGCAUUUAGAAGCUUACCUGAAACUUACCUUUUAUAAAGGAAUAGUAUGGCUAAGUUAAAACACAAUGUUAGCUUUAUUUUUUAAAUUUGAUUAUGGUUAAAACUGAAACAUAAGAUCACAACAGUAUUGGUUUAUAAUCAAUUGGCUUUCUUGGAAAAUGACUUUCCAUGUUCUACUACAAGUCAGUGUCCUCAGCCUUGUCAAUGCUGAAAAUCCACUGACUUCCAAUGAUAUCACUUGUUCUUGGAUUCUUCAAGAGGCUGCCUUUCCUGCAAGUCACCAUUGGAGACUUUCAGUAGCAAUUCUUUUUUAUUUUUCCUGCCUGCGAUCUUCAUUAAUCUACCGUUGCAGAGGAUAGUUUUCCCACUGAAAACACUAGCCAGUAUACCAAUUACCUUCUAACCAAUUCAUAACUGGGACCUUCAAAGCUGCUAUGAAUUGCACUGUGACCAAACACACUUCCCAAAGUGAACUCGCCGCACUCCAUUUUCUUUUCAUUCCAGCAAUUUAUUAGAUCAUUAAGGACAUGACUGUUUAUUUUGGUUCCUCUUUACAUCAGUCUUGAUGCUGGAACAGAAUGCAAUAGUCUUGCUCCACAAUUGCUGCCACUGUCAUCUUCUCUGAGUCUCUCUCAUGUGUGGUUCUGGCAUUCCAUUUGCUUAAACUAUCUUGGCAGUGGUGUAUAAAACUAAUAUUUUUAAGCAGAUAGUCUUGGCAGCUAGUGAGAAAUUUUUGUUUCACAAAAGCACAACUCCAUACAAAAACCUUUAGAAGUCUCCUUAGCCCAGCUGAAAGUGCUCAGUGAAUAUUAAUGUAGUUCUCUGUAAAUGGUUAGUACAGAAACUUCAAUCAUGGCCUAAUAAAAUUUGCAUGAAGAAACAUGCAAAUUAUUUUAUCAACUGUUAUCAAAAAAAUGAUUUUUAAAACAAUUUCUUUCUCGGUGUCAUGAGUUAAGAGGCAGCUUGGUACAGCAUUAGAAGCCCUAGACCUUAGAGUCAAGAGACAAGUUCGGGUUCAAAUUCUGAUACUUACUGGUUGUGUGACCUUGGGUGAGUCAUUAAGCUAGGUUCUCUGGCCCUUGAUUUUGGAGACAGUGUGGCAUGGUGGAAACCACACUUGGCUUGAGUCAGAAGACCUGGUUUAAGCCCCAUCUUUGUACUCACCGCCUGUUUGUCUUUGAAUAAAUUGUUUCCUCUCUAUGGCCAUCAAGUUGUCACAUCUUUGAAACAAGAUGGUCCCUUCUGAGUCCCAAGACUGAAUGAUGAUGACAAGAGCUCAUUCACAAACCAAAAUGAACAUAGCCAGAAACAAUCAAACUCCAAUGAUGUCCACUCUGCAGCAGUACUCACCUCAGUAUGUUGGCUGUACUGGGUUUAUUUAGCAUUCCAUAUGAUUUGUUCAUACAGUGUUUUAAGUUGCAUUAAAGAACAAGUUUAAUGAUCUUUGUGGUCUAGUGUAUUUUCAGGUGAUCUUAAAAUAAACUGGUUUUUUAAAAAAACAAUGACAACCAAACUUAUAAAGACUUACAUGUGCAAAGUCCCAUGGAGUCAACUCUAUUCUUUGUCACCUCUUCUGAAGAAAUAUCUCUAGGUUUAUUCAAUUUUUUUUAAUGAGACAAUGUUUCUGUCAGAAACUGGUGUUCUCUGUAUUCCAGCUUACUGUGGGACAUAGGAAAUCUAGGUCGGGAUACCUUUUAUGAUCUUGAUUGAGUUUAAAUCAGAUAUUGUACCUAAUCUCAGUGAGCCACUAUCUGCAAUUUUGUACAUGACAUAGUAUUUUGGAGGUAUGGAAACUUAUAGACAAAAAAAAAUAGCUAAUUAGUUGUUUUAUUUUUCCCCCAGAGGGGAAAGUAUGUUCUGCAAAUAGUAUGUGUCUUAUUUUACUGUUGAACGGCGAUUGCUAUUUAUUUUUUUAUUGCCUAGAACAUCCACAUGUUGUGUAUAGGAACCUCGAUCUGGUCAUGCCACCAGUUAAAUUUCAACUUCUCAUCUGAAUGUUAAAGUUCAAACAUCAAUACACUUGUCAUUUCACAGGUAUUUAAUGUGACAGUUCUUUUCCAGUACUGUAUGUAUUAAUUUCUACUUUUUUAAAUAUUUAAAAUUGCUUUUAAAUAAACAUAUUCUCAGUUGAUCCCAAA